AUGCAUGCUGUAAACAUCAGUUCUCCAAAUUUAAUAUUUAAAACCCAGGAGGAUUUCUACCAAUGGAAGCAUGAUAUUGAAAUAAAUACGAAUUCAACAUAUGUUUUAGAAAGAGGCACACAAAAAAAUAAAUUAGGUAUCCAGAAACGUUAUUUCCAUUGUCAUCGUUCAGGAAACUUUAACAGCAAAAGUAAAGGGUUGAGAAACCUGAAAAUUCAAGGAAGUAAUAAAAUAAAUGCAUACUGUCCCUCUUCUAUAACUGUUACAGGAACAGAAAAUGGUUUGCAUGAGGUUAAUUUUUUACAAACGCAUAUUGGUCAUUCUAAUGACAUUGGGUAUUUAAACCUUUCAAAGAAUGAUCGAGAUAAAAUAGCAACAAAAGUUCCAUUUGAUUCUAUAUUAGAUGAACGCAGAGAUUCAGUAUCAGAGUCAAAUCUUCAAAGAAUUGAUCUUUUAACAAACAAGGAUUUACAUAAUAUUGAAAAGAGUUUUAAUUUAAAUGCUACUGCUGUUCGAGCAUCAAAAUGA